AUGUCCAGAGAUCAUGAUCAUGACCUCGAGAAGGGCGACCCGGACAGCGAGCUUAACAGAGAGGACACAGACUCGACUACAACCACAGGACGAACACAGGUACCAGCACUUACGAAGGAACCGGACAUUCCCACAACAGCAGCACCCUGCGCAAACAGCGAAGACAUCCUAAAGAUCCCACAACGCGGAAGGCAAGACUCAAGAUCAUCACAUUCAUCAUCCAACUCCGCACGAACUCUAUCUGAUGACAAUAACAACGACCCCCACGACCACCAUAGCGACCGCAGCCGCGCCCAAUCAUCCAACCGCUCCGUACAACGAGAUGCCGAGAAAGUGCCCCGCGGGCAACGUCGAGGACUCCUCGCCCGCUUUGCUGUUGUCGCUGAAAUCACAGAUGCCCACGACUACCCGCGCAAGACGAAAUGGCUCCUCACAGUCGUAAUCGCCACCGCAGGCGCCGCAGCACCCAUGGCGUCUUCCAUCGUCCUUCCCGCUCUGGUGGAUAUCGCGCGAUACUUCGACACCACCGCCACAGUGGUGAAUCUGAGCGUAGCAUUGUACAUGCUCAGCAUGGCCAUCUUCCCGCUUUGGUGGAGCUCGUUCUCGGAAACUUUGGGGCGGAGAACGAUCUACCUGACCAGCUUUGCAAUGUACGUGCUGUUCGCCGUGCUCGGAGGCGUUUCGACGAACGUGGGCAUGUUUUUGGCGAUGCGGGUGCUGAACGGGGCUGCUGGGGCGAGCGUGCAAGCUGUGGGCGCCGGGACCAUUGCGGAUAUUUGGGAGGUGAAGGAGCGAGGGAGGGCGAUUGGGUUCUUUUAUUUGGGUCCGCUGUGUGGGCCGUUGCUUGCUCCCAUCAUCGGAGGAGCGUUGAACCAGACUCUCGGCUGGCGGUCGAUACAAUGGUUCCUGACCAUCUUAGGAGGCGGCAUUCUGGCCUUGAUCGUGCUGUGUCUUCCAGAAACUCUCCAGCAACGCAGCAAUCCAGUAGCAGCCCUCGCCGAAGAUGAAGCCGCAGCGGAGCUCCCAACCGACGAAAAGACCGGUGUGCCCGCGCGACCAGCCCUCUCCCGAACCACGACCAGACAAUCCGUCCAAGUCAAAACCAAAACAUACCUCACCGUGCUCCAGCGCUGCUUCGUCGAGCCGCUGCGGAUAGUCCUAUAUCUUCAGUUCCCCGCCGUGGCCAUUUGUGUCUUCUACGCUACCACCACCUUCGCAGGCCUCUACAUGCUCAACAUCUCCGUUCAGCAGACCUUCUCCACCACUCCGUACAGCUACACGAGCAUCAUUGUAGGACUUUUGUACAUCCCGAACUCAAUGGGAUACUUCGUGACGUCGAUCUUCGGCGGUCGAUGGGUCGACUGGAUCAUGGCGCGAGAGGCAAGGAAAGCAGGCCGGUGGGAUGAGAAGGGCCGACUGAUUUACAGGCCUGAGGACCGAAUGCGGGAAAAUGUCUGGAUUGCCGCGGUCAUGUUUCCGGCUGCCCUUAUCGUGUACGGAUGGACCGUGACAUAUGGUGUGAAUGUUGCCGUGCCGCUUGUGGCGAACUUCUUCUUUGGCAUAGGUUCCAUGCUUGUUUUUGCAGCGGUGACGACGAUGCUGACAGAGUUCAUGCCUCGCAAAGCAAGUAAUGGCGUUGCUUUGAACAACUUUGUGCGAAACAUAUUCAGCUGCAUUGGCGGUGCCGUGACUGAUCCACUGAUCGACGCGAUCGGCAACGGGUGGAUGUUCACCGGUAUGGGCGUGAUUUGCCUGGUUAGCGGAGCGUUCUCCAUUUGGGCCAUGCGACGGUAUGGUGACCACUGGCGUAUCACAAUGGAUCGCAAAAUAGACAAAGUGCAGGGCAAAUGA